AGCAAAAUGUAUUCGGCUGGCUAAUAACAUCAAUGCUGAAAAAGGACUAUUUUCGCAAACGAUCAUAAGCUACAUGCCCUAUGAGAGGCACCUUACUUACUGAUUUGGCCCAUUUCUCUUCUUUGUACAAGUGAAAAAAUAGCUUUUUGCGGAAACGCUUCAGCGACGAGGUUCGGAAACAUGCAGAAAAGUACAAGCUAUCCAGGGCGUGUCCUCGAACCGGGUUUGGGGCUUAGUACGUCCGAUCGACAGCGCCUCAUAAACAAAAUUUUCGUCGUGAUACAUUCAGCUGCAUCGGUUCGUUUCGAUGACCCGCCCAGGGAGGCAAUGAAUGCGAAUAUAGCCGGAACCGAACGCUUAUUGGAAUUAGCGAAGUCAAUGAAGAAUCUGAAGUUAUUUGUGCACAUAUCUACGGUGUAUGCCAACUGUGCACGAGAUAUUGCUGAAGAGAAGAUCUAUGAGUAAGUUUGGCAGAACCGUUACAGGAUUCGACAGAGAAACUGAAGUAAAAAUGACACUGCACUUGAAAAGGUAUACAGAAAGAUGUAUGAACUGAUCGAUGGGUGCUCAGUUGCUCGAUUACGGAGAAGUUGAGAUAGCAGCUGUACGUUCCAAGGCAGUUAAUAAAGAAUAUUUGAAGUGUUCCCCUAACUGUAGAAACAAAAAUAGUCUUCAAUAAAUGUUGAUAGCUCCUUUAAUGCUUUAAUCGCUGGUUCACCUUAAAUAUUGAUUUCUGUGUGCUGACCUGUUUCAGAUUUAUAUAUCAAAGUUAAUUUUGCUUGGAAAGUAGAAUCUGACAAGCUUUUAAGCAAGUUAUAAAGCUAACCCCGUAUUUUCAUGAACUGUUUUUAUUAAUUCAUCGCCCCUUUAGUUUGCCCUGUUCUGUAUCCGAUCUAUUUGCAAUGGCAGCACACCUGAACGAUGUGCAGAUAACAGCGGUUGCGCCGUCCGUUUUAGGUGGUCAAUUUCCCAACAGCUACACGUGUACAACAGCAUGUGCAGAAUGUAUUGUCUACGAGUAUCAAAACGAGCUUCCAGUUGUCAUCGUACGACCGUCGAUUGUUCUUGCCGCCUGGAAAGAGCCUCUCACUGCAAGUUCAUCAAUUCGAUUAGGAACCUAUAUUAGUAUUUUUAUAAGGGAAAAACUUUUCAACUUAUUGCUUUUACAAACGAUACAAAGGUGGUAAAUUUUGAGAGGCUUGACAAUAGUGGUCGUUUUGUAGUAGAGAAAUAAAAGUAAACAAACACCAGAAUUAAUGAGAAGUUUUAAGACCAACGACGUCGCUUAUAAAAUGUACAACAUAUUUAUUGUUAUUUUUUUUUUACGUGAUCGCAA